AUGUUCAGCAUGAAGUCCAUCGCUAUCGCAGCCGUGCUCCUUGGCCUUUCCCGCGCCGCACCAGCCGUAACUCCACGCCAGGACAUCCAGUUGCUGCUCGUCUGCAACGAUCCGAACCAGGGCGAUUGCCUCGACUUCCAGGUCGUACCCAACGUGUGCUCCAACCUCCCCGGUGAGUGGAACGACAACGCCAGCUCCCUCGUCAUCGGGUCGAACAUCUGCACUUUCUAUAAGUGA